AUGAAGCAAUAUGCGGUGGAAGCAACGUUAUUGUUGUUUAUUAUAAGUUAUUGUGUACAGCCCAUGCUAAUAGAUACGAUAAAAUAUAAUGGAUGCGCAAAUUCGAGCACCUUUAUAUUUUUAAUACCACAUUAUUUAUCAAUGGUUAUGGUUGGUUUUUUACCAACAAAAUGUAAAUUACAAGAUUGUGAAUGGAAAAAAAUAUUAUUUAUUUCAGUUAUGGAUUUAAUAAAUCAAGUUUUAAAAAAAGUUGGUUUAAUAUAUUCUGGUUCAGCUUUAUAUGUUAUUAUAGAUAGUUCUACAUUAAUUUUUACAGCAAUGUGGAGAAAACUUAUUUUAAAAAAAAAAUUAUUAAUUUUUCAGCUAAUUGGGAUAUUAUUAAUUACAUUUGGAAUUGCAAUAAAAUCAAAUACUUUAAAAGUUGAGAUACAUGGUGAAGAAAUUAUUGGUUCAAUAUUAAUUAUAUCUAGUAAUAUAUUAACAGGUUUUAUUUUUGUUUUAAAUGAAAAAUAUAUGAAUAAUAUGGAUGGACCAAAUAUUGUAUGUUUGAUGGGAAUAUUUUGUUCAUCUGCUAUAUUUAUAUGGACAUGUAUAUGGACAAUACCAAAUUUUGAUAAUUUAAUAUUAAAAAAUAUUAUAAAAAAUAAUGGAAAUAUUAAUAUAAUUGUUAUAUCAUUUAUUUUCCUUUUUUUAUUUAAUUUAAUUACAUCUUCAACUUUGUGGUAUAUAAUGAAAACAAAGGGAUCAUUAUAUAUUGGUAUAUUAAAAGGCCUUAAGGUUGUUAUCAUUUUUAUGUUUAGUCAUAUUUUUUUUUGUAAAUAUGACUCAAAACAAUGCCUAAAUUUGCAUUCUUCAUUAUCUGUUGCAUUUUGUAUGACAGGAGUAGUUGUAUAUUCAUAUAAUGAUUAUUUAACUAGUAUUAAAGAUAAAUUGAUAUUACAUAAAAUGCAAAACGACCCAGAUAUCUUAAUCAAGCCAAAGGUAUAA